UCUCUUGCUCCCGGAAGACUAGGCGCCGCUCUCGUACCCGUACCGACGCUUUGGGAGACUAUGUCGGGUUAGCUUAUGAAGUGGUCAUGGUCAUGGUCAUGGCCCUGGGCAGACGUCGCGACCUCGCAGGCGCAUUUGAUCGGAAGCGGCUGCUCUGUUCGAGUGCAGCCCUCCUGCCUGCAUAUAGACUUCCACUCUGCUGGGUCGUCCGCUCGCCCUAUAUACUAUUCUUCCUCUCCGCUCCACUUCGCUCUUUCCUCCAGUCACCUCCUGCUCUCCCAUCCGCUCCUUCUCAUCUGCCCUCUCUUGCCGUCUCCCAACCUCCAUCCGCCGGCCCGAAACAUAGCGUCCAAGGGCCAUGAGCACUUCUGUUUCGACGACCUGCUCGUGCUAAUCCAUCCGUCGCCAUCAUGUCUCGUUCGCCGAUCAAUAUGGCAGCUUCCUUUUCUGCCCACCAGUCUGCUCGCUCGCAUCCGUCUCCUCCGCCGCUCGACCGUCGCCCUCUCCCAAAUGACAUGCGCCGCAACGAUCAUUCCGCUCCACCCACCCCACACUACGACCAGCCCACCGCUGCCCAACAGAGCGAGGCCUUCCAACAGGCCCUAAAUACCAUCGAGGUCCAGGGCUCCUCCGAUGACGAUACCUACUCGGAUUCUGGUUAUGAAGAGAGUAUCAAUUCGGCCUUUCUCUCCACUUCUACAUCCAUGACCUCCUCUGUGCGCCAUUGGGAUUUUGAAAAUGGCCGUCGCUACCACGCCUACCGUCAAGGUCACUACCUCCUACCAAACGACGAUGCAGAACAAGAACGCGAGGACAUCAAGCACGCCACAGUCUUGACAGUCUGUGGUGGCAAGCUGCAUUUUGCUCCCAUUCCUGAAAAUGCCCCAGACACGCGCAUCCUAGACUUGGGCACCGGAACUGGCAUCUGGUGCGUCGAGAUGGGCGACCAAUAUCCCUCCGCUCAAAUUACCGGCGUAGAUCUGAGUCCCAUCCAGCCAGACUGGGUACCUCCGAACGUAAGCUUCAUGGUCGAUGACAUUGCGAGCGAAUGGCUCUAUCCCGAGAACCACUUUGACAUGGUCCACGCCCGUCAUAUGGGUGUUGCCAUCAAGGAUUGGGACCACGUCCUUGCUUCAACCUACACACAUCUGAAGCCGGGUGCAUGGCUCGAGUUCUGCGAGUUUGACUACUGGCCGAGUUGUGACGAUGGUACCAUGACUGCAGAUAACCUCCACUACAAAUGGCACGUCCUUGUCACUGAGGGCAUGAAGAAGGCCGGCGUUGAUCUGCAUGCAGCUCUGCUCUUGAAAGAUAGAGUAACACGCGCUGGCUUCCACAACGUCACUGAGAGGAUAAUGAAGGUUCCUCUAGGCCACUGGCCUAAAAAUCCUCUGCUUAAGAAGGUCGGCAGCUACAUGCAUGCUGUCCUUUACGAUGGUCUCCAAGGUAUCUGCAUGGGUCCCCUCACACGAGGACUCGGCUGGUCGCGGGAUCAGGUCGAGCUCUAUCUACCUGGAGUACGAAGAGAUUUAAACGACAUGAGCGUGCACACUUAUUACAGCUUGCACGUAAUAACUGCUCAGAAGCCAUAUUAUUGAUGGAGACGGCUGCUAGAUGUACCGUCGCCCGUUCACUACUUUCUUGCCUUCCUUUGCCUUUGAUACAGCGGUCCAAGACGACUUGGUCGAAUUACACUUUGAUGAGAUAGCAUUAUACCCC